CCGGGGAGUACAGCUGCUUCCGGCGCCGAAACUGCUGCCAUCUUCUCCGCGCUAUGGCUGCGUUCAGCCGUGAGGUCCUUGAUUGGCACCGCCUGAUCCCCCUCACCUGGGCCUGUAUGGCUAGGCAGACUCCUCAUCUUGGAGAACAGAGAAGGACGACAGCUUCUUUGUUGCGCAAACUAACUACAGCCUCCAAUGGAGGGGUCAUUGAGGAGUUAUCUUGUGUUAGAUCCAAUAACUACGUGCAGGAACCAGAGUGCAGGAGGAAUCUUGUUCAGUGCCUCCUUGAGAAGCAGGGGACUCCUGUGGAACAAGGGUCCUUGGAGCUAGAGAGGGUCAUCAGUUCCCUCCUGGACAUGGGUUUCAGCAGUGCCCAUGUUAAUGAAUUGCUCAGUGUACAGCGAGGUGCCAGUCUUCAACAGUUGCUGGACAUCAUUUCUGAAUUUAUUCUCUUGGGUCUGAAUCCAGAGCCUGUGUGUGUGGUCUUGAAGAAAAGUCCCCAGUUAUUGAAACUGCCUAUUAUGCAAAUGAGGAAGCGCUCCAGUUACCUGCGAAAGCUUGGGCUUGGAGAAGGGAAAUUAAAGAGGGUGCUUUACUGUUGCCCUGAAAUUUUCACCAUGCGUCAGCAGGACAUUAAUGACACUGUCAGGCUUCUCAAGGAGAAGUGCCUUUUCACGGUAGAGCAAGUCACCAAGAUUUUGCACAGUUGCCCGUCUGUUCUUCGAGAGGACCUGGAUCAACUGGAAUACAAGUUUCAGUAUGCGUACUUCAGGAUGGGAAUUAAGCAUCCAGACAUUGUAAAGACUGAGUACUUUCAGUAUUCACUAACCAAGAUUAAGCAGAGACACAUUUACCUGGAGCGCCUGGGACGGUACCAAACCCCUGAUAAGAAGGGGCAGACACAGAUCUCUAACCCAUUGCUCAAGGACAUCCUCAGAGUUUCAGAAGCCGAGUUUUUGGCUAGGACAGCCUGUACGUCUGUUGAGGAGUUUGAAGUUUUUAAGAAGCUCCUGGCUCGGGAGGAGGAGGAGUCUGAGAGCAGCACAUCUGAUGACAAAAGGGCAAGUCUGGAUGAGGAUGCGGAGGAUGAUGAUGAGGAUGAGGACGACGACGAGGCGGAGGACAGUGAUGAGGAUGAGGACGACGAGGAGGAGGAAUAGCUGUGAUGGAAGGACUAGAGCCAAAGGGCCCAGAGAUAUCAAGGAAGCUUUUCAUUCUCUUAAAGCUUUUGGGUCCUUUACUUGAAUCUUCUCAAGUUAUUUUUUAUUCUAAAACUGGUCUCUUGAUGAAAAAAAUUAUAAGUCCCCUGAGAGACAGAUCAAACCAAACAGGAAACAGGAAAUGCAUGUUCGAUCUGUUGUCAGGUGUCUGUGGGGAGGGCCCUGUCCCAUCCUGAAUAAAAUACUUAUGUUGAGCUAUUCAAAUCGAGGGGACUCAAUACAUCAACAUUUGGUUUUAUUUUUUUCUUUUUUGAAUGUGUUGGUGAUAAUUCCGUGACAGUUGGAAGAUGGGGUUCGUUCUUCCGGUUCAGGAAUCACUUUGUAUUUCCUUCUAGUGAUAAAAAUAAAAUUACGAGAAGGCAA